CCCCCGGCUGCGGACGCCGCUGAGACUGAACCCCACCUCACGCAGCAGGCAGGCGCGCCGCAGGAUCCACAAUGGCAUGUCAACUCUCCCCAAGGAUGCGGGCAGGGGUGCUAGGCUCCCUGGCCCUGUGAGAGCAGAGGGUCUGGACCUCCAGCUUGGAGCACUCAGAACCUCCAAGACUCCCACAGCACCACUCCACCCGCAGGCAUCACCAUGGCAGCCCAGAAUGGGAACUCUAGUUCUGUACCCAACUUCAACCCAUCCCAUAGCCAUGUCUCCUCCCCCCCCUUCAACUUCACUUAUGGAGAUUAUGACCUCCCUCUGGAUGAGGAUGAAGACAUGACCAAGACCCAGACCUUCUUCGCAGCCAAGAUUGUCAUCGGUGUGGCACUGGCAGGCAUCAUGCUCAUCUGCGGUGUCGGCAACUUUGUGUUCAUUGUUGCCCUUGCCCGCUACAAGAAGCUGCGCAACCUCACCAACCUGCUCAUCGCUAACCUGGCCAUCUCGGACUUCCUGGUGGCCAUUGUCUGCUGCCCCUUUGAGAUGGAUUACUACGUGGUACGUCAACUCUCCUGGGAGCAUGGCCAUGUGCUCUGUGCUUCUGUCAACUACCUGCGCACUGUCUCGCUGUAUGUCUCCACCAAUGCCCUGCUGGCCAUCGCUAUUGACAGAUAUCUGGCUAUCGUUCACCCCUUGAAACCACGGAUGAAUUACCAAACGGCCUCCUUCCUGAUCGCUUUGGUCUGGAUGGUGUCCCUCCUCAUCGCCAUCCCAUCGGCCUACUUCGCCACAGAAACCGUCCUCUUCAUCGUCAAAAGCCAGGAAAAGAUCUUCUGCGGCCAGAUCUGGCCCGUGGACCAGCAGCUCUACUACAAGUCCUACUUCCUCUUCAUCUUUGGCAUCGAGUUCGUGGGCCCCGUGGUCACCAUGACCCUGUGCUACGCGCGGAUCUCGCGGGAGCUCUGGUUCAAGGCCGUCCCCGGCUUCCAGACGGAGCAGAUCCGGAAGCGGCUGCGCUGCCGCCGGAAGACGGUGCUGGUGCUCAUGUGCGUCCUCACGGCCUACGUGCUGUGCUGGGCGCCCUUCUACGGCUUCACCCUCGUGCGCGACUUCUUCCCCACCCUGGUGGUGAAGGAGAAGCACUACCUCACGGCCUUCUACGUCGUCGAGUGCAUCGCCAUGAGCAACAGCAUGAUCAACACCGUGUGCUUCGUGGCGGUCAAGAACAACACCAUCAAGUACUUCAAGAAGGUGAUGCUGCUCCGCUGGCGCCCCGCGCACCACGGCAGCAAGUCCAGCGCCGACCUCGACCUCCAGACCAGCGGCGUGCCCGCCACGGAGGAGGUGGACUGCAUCAGGCUGAAGUGACCUGCCGGCGUCUCGCCGUCGGAAGACCGGAAGCCAGUCUUCAGAGGCUUCACACACCAUCCGUCACUGUGUUCACCUCACUCCUCUCAAGGAACUGGGCUUUUCUUAGACGUAACAUGCAGUGAGACUAGACAGGGCAAGAGCGGCUGGCAUUUAGGAUAUCUGCUCAACACCUACUGUGUGCAUGACCACAACGAUGAGAUUAGACAAGAGCAAAAGAAGCUAACAUUUACAGAUGGCCUACUGUGUGCAAAAACAUCUUUAAAAUAAACCAGCAGAAGCUGUUGGAGUCCCCAGGCUAUGUCUAGAAUAUAUAGAUAGUCAGACAGAGGCGUCACUCACCCUCCAUCUUCCCUCCUUCUCGUCAGUGCAGGAGUAUCAAAAGGCUGUGGAAGGAAGAUACUUAGACUGAUGGAAAUGUGAGGAUCAGGUCAUCCACGUGUGGGGUUUACAACCUCCUGGGAAGAGAGUGCCUGCCAUUACAUCGAGCCUUCCCACCAGCUCCUGCCAGCUCCCCAGGACAUUCUCUAGGAUUCUGGAUGCCAGAAAGGAGUUUUUCUUGUAAAUAGGUCAGUCUGAUGUGGUUAUCUACGAUUAUGUAAUUUCAAAGGAAAGAACCAAAAAAUCUCUUUCCCCCUAAUACUUGAAUGUUUAUCAUUCUCUUGGGUGAAGGCAGACAACCCUGAGACUAAUAACAGCCAGUUCCUGACACCUCUGUGUAAAGGAUUUCAGGGCCUCUAGUGUCAGGCAGGGAGGAAGGGGACAGAGAGGGGUGCAGGCUGCCACUGAUAAUGAAAAGGGCUUUAGCCUUUUGCUAAAGCCUGGACCAGUAUUCUGGAAUACAUUCCCUUUUACAAAAUAAACUCUUUUUGGAAUCCAAAGAGCUGGGUUCAAGUCCCAACUCUGGGACUUGUGUGACCUUGAUUUGUACUCUCUCUGUAUCUCAGUUUUGCUUCAGUGACAUGGAGAUGUUGAAAAUGCUUGCUCUGCCUUCCUCGUGAACUUUUGGGAGAGCCUGCUGAAGCCAUACUUUAUGAACGUGCUUUUCAACUGUACAUAUGACAAGAAUGGAUAAAUGAUAUUGCACUGUUUGGAUCAGGGAAACCCUGCCCACUGUGGCUUAUCACUGAGAAAGACUCCUGAACUCUUCACAGUACAGCCCACCCACAUUGGGGCAAAAAGGAAUCCCUGUCCUGGGUUAUAUUCCGGAAGAUUCAACCUCAGGGUCUCAGUGACCCCUAGACCCUCAGCGAUCACAAGGUCAAGAAGUGUUGACCAUCUUCCCCUGCAUGUCACCAAACAGCACAGCCCAAGGCUGCAUAAAUGCCAUUUCUGACUCUGUUUCUGUUAUUGUAUAUCCAUGGUGAUUUGUUUGUACUUGUCCUCACUUCUUCCUGAUUUGUUGUGAAGCAGAGAAUAUAAAAGGGUACUGGUUUGGGAUUGACCCAUCCACAUUUAGGCAACUUCUAAUUUUUUCUAGAGAAGGAGUUGUUGAGUUGUUUGUUUUUAAUUAGGUGUUGUUUCCCUCCAAGAGUGAAGUUUAAACCAAUAUUUUCUUUUAUCAUCACCUAGCAGCCUCAUCUAGAAGCCCAAUCAUUGUCCCUUUAGAGAAUACAAACUCACUUUAAUAUUAGCUGAAGCAAAAUGGUUUGUAAAUUCUGACUUUACAAAAUUACACAAUGCAUUCCAAAACCAAGCAAGUAGGUAUUUUGGAUUAUCUGUAUUUUUACAAAUAUAAUAAUAAUUGAAUUGUUAUUUAUUAUCCCUGUCCUGGUUCUCCUCCUAAGAAGAAGAUUCUUUAAGAUAGACUGUGUAUCAGUUGAGUCUGUCAACAGAAUUCAUCCCCCUUUUCCCUUUUAUUCUACAAUGUACCAUC